UAUCUUUCACUUAGCAACAACAAGAUCUCCAGCCUCCCAUCCGGUGUGUUUGAUGACCUCAAGAGCUUGACUUAUUUAUCUCUCGAGCAAAACAAUCUCACCCACGUUCCCGAGAGAUUGCUCGGUGACCUGGGAAACCUACAAGUAGUCGUUCUAGACCUCAACCAAAUUUCAAGUCUGCCUGAGAGAGUCUUUCAAGGGCUCUGGCACUUGCAGGCUGUUCUUCUCCAGCAUAAUCAGCUCACAACGCUCCCGGAAGACAUAUUCGAGGACCUUAGGGACCUGAAGCAGAUUUGGUUGGCGGGGAACAAACUCUCAUUCCUUCCUGCCCGUACGUUCCACGCACUUUCAAACUUGGAGUGGCUUGACCUUGGCGAAAAUCGUUUGUCGUCUGUGUCAGCAGAGAUAUUGAGAGGACUUUCUCGACUGACGUUCUUGUCACUCUUUGGUAACCAAAUU